AUGUCCGCACUAGUAUCGCUUCUCUCAACCGGGGCUAAUCUAGCUCAAGCAAGGAUCCCGCCACCACCUUCUUUGGUUUCAACAAAAUCACCAACCUCUCAAGUUCUUUGGAGACUGGAGAGUGAAGAACAGCAGCAGAAGACUUGUGUUGAGAGUGCGAGAGACGAGAACGAGACUACGAGAGAGACCGAUUUUGCUCGUCGUCGGCGGUGCUUGCCGGAAUGCCGGGCGGCGACGGUGGCCGACCGGCCGCCGCGUGACUUCGUCCGCCUCAAAAGGAAAGGAAAGACGAAAAAGGCAGCUAAGGGUAACCGGGUCCGGGUAAGGGAGACGGGGACAGGGAGAGUCUGGAGGCGGAGAGGGAGGCGAGAGCUACCGAGUGUCCGAAGUAAUCUUUCGGCAACAAAAACAGGAGUUAGAGAGCGUUCAAAAGUUCCAAUUUUCUUCAGGUUAUUACCAGGUAUGGAAUCUAACGAGUCUUUUUUUGUACUGCAUCAACAGAUCGUGUCUUAG